AUGAAAAAGGACAGUACAGCUUUGGCAGCCGUUCUACAAGACCUUGGCUUUGAUGUGAAGGUCAAGAUAGAUCUCAGUUCCUAUGAAAUGAAGGAUGCAAUCCGAAAGUUCAUCAGCAAGGACCACUCCCAGUCCACGUGCCUGCUGCUGUGCGUGAUGACUCACGGGAAGGAACAGGAGGCGAUGGGGACUGACUGGAAGGGUGUCGGCUUACAUAAGGACAUCAUGCUGCCAAUCAUCAAGUCUGACAACAUUCCCUGUCCGAAGGUCUUCAUCAUGCAGAUGUGCAGAGGGAAAAAAAGAGAUGUCGGAGUACAGAAGGUAAGGUGGGGAGUAGACAGCGCAGCCGCAGUGGACGCCGCAGCCAUGGAGGUCAAGGACGACAGUGACUCGGACUCAUCGGAUGAAGAACAAAGCACGGAGUCGGUAUGGAUCGACAGACGGGCUCUAGCAUUAGAAGAAGAUUGA